GGGAAGACAGCGUUGGAUCUCGCCGCUGAGACUUCUCAGAGCAGCAUCCUCGCUGACAUCUUCUAUGCAGCCGCCGAUCUGCAGGACGAGGAACUGUUACAGCUCGUGCUGAGGGUAGGAGGAGCCUGUCUUGCCUCAUCGGCUGACCGGGAGGGGAGGACGUGCGCUCACUGGGCCGCGAGGACUGGAAGACUCGACGUGCUGAAAACCCUCCUGAGCCACGGGGGCAUGGGAGCCGCUCGAGCAGCGGACUGUGAGGGUUUGACAUGCGCGCAUAUCGCCGCGGACAGAGGAGACCUGGAGGCUCUUCGAAUGCUGCUGGACGUUGGAGGGGAUGCGAUCGUUCAUGAUGUGGAUCAGUUCAGCAGAACCCCAGCUCACCAUGCUGUAGUGCGCGAGAAAUUUGACACCCUCGAGCUGCUGCUGGAGAGUGGCGGGAGGGAGCUGGCGAUAGCAGCGGACAGGAAGGGCUUGACAUGCGCUCUGAUCGCAGCUGAAUGGGGAGAAGUGAAGGCGCUGGACAUGCUCAUCGAGGUGGGAGGCAGGGAGGUUGUGGAGGCGGCGGACGCUGACGGCCGGACCUGCGCCCACUGGGCUGCCUAUCGCGGUGACGUCCCGAUCCUCUCGAAGAUCGUCGACCUCGCCGGCCCUCAGGUCCUCCUCGCCCCUGACUGCGACGGCAAGACCUGCGCUCACUGGGCCAGCGACCGGGGAGAGUUUGGCACCUUCGACCUGCUGCUGGCUGCAGGCGGGAAGGCGCUGGCGACAGCGGCCGACCACAAGGGGGUGUGUUAAGUAUUUUGCGGUUUCACUCCAAGUGAAGUUUUUAGCAUCAUAAUGGUGAGCUUUUUAGAAUAUUUGAUGUGUAACGUAAAUAUUUUCAAAAGCUUAAUGUUAUGGUGUGAAAAAAUGAGAAAAAAAUUAAAAGUUAUGAUGUGUUUG